AUGGGAUAUGUGACGAAUGUUUCAAAUUAUAAUCAUCCACAAAGUUACCGUUCAAAUCUUUAUCAAAAUCAUUAUUUUAUUCACGAUGAGAAACAAAGUCCAAAGGAGAAGAAAAGCGAUAAAAAUUCUCGUAAGAAAUCUGUUUUAGAGGAUGCAGAUCUUUCAUACUCAGGAGUUGAUAGGGAUUUAGCAGACAGCUAUUUAAAACAAAUAGAAGCUAAAGAACAUCACAAUAUAUAA